AUGUCUGCAAUUCUGUCGACUAUGGAAAUUUUCUUCCUGACUCUUGUCAGUUUUGCAGCGAUUUUUGAUGUUUAUUUGCUUUUGGCAGUUUACAAUAAUCGAAAGGAUAGUGAGUUCGAAUAUUUUUAAAGCUUCUGAAAACAAAAGUUACGAGAGUUUUUGAAGAAUCAAUUCCGCGAGCUUAUAUCACAACAAUGACAAUUUUUGGCUUGAUGGCAAAAAUUGGAAUAGAAUGUCUGAUAUUUCCUGGGAUAAUUCUAACCAAAGAACAGUAUGAAGGUUCGCUUUUCUAUUUUUCUAUACUUUUUAAAACAAAAAUAAAUACAGGUUUUCGAUUUGAUUACGGUCAUGAAAUAUCACUCAUCACUAACUUAUCUUAUCUUCUAACUCAUCCAAUUUGUCUUCUAAUGACAAUCAAUCGGCUUUUCAUAAUUAUUUGUCCAUUUCGAACUAGAAUCUUCUCUCAAACUCGAAUAUUUAUCUACUGUUUCAUAAUCUCCUCAUUAUUCUUUAUAAUAAUGUAUAUUCCAUAUAUUUCUGAAUGUCCUCUAAAUUUUCAAGAAUCAAGACUCGAAUUUAUUUCUGAUUGUUUUCCUGGGCAACAUUGGAUAACAAAUCUCCAAUCAAAAUAUCUUCUGAUUCUACCAUUAACUAGUAUGAUUAUAAAUUUGUCAGUUGUAGUUCAUAUGAAAGCAAUCAGACAAGGUUUUUAUAAUCGUUAUAUUGUUAAUAAAAGUGAGAAACAUCGAGGUAUAAUAAUAGACUAAAUAUUUUAAUUUUAGAAAAGAACUCAACAUCUUCAAUAACUUUGUCAGUUGGAAUAUCAACAAAUAAACAAGAAAAUCGAAUGAUUCGUCAAACUUUCUCAAUAACAAUUUAUCUUUCUUUCUAUUCAAUUGUAUCUUUAGCAAUUCGAACAUUUCCAACUCGAUAUUCAGAACUUUCCGCUGAUUUCAAGUGUUUUAUAAUGCUUUUCAGAUUACUUUUGGGAUGUUUUGUGAAUACGAUUGUAUAUUAUUUCGAAACAACAUCAACAAGAGUUAUGAUUCGAAAUUUUCCAGAAAAAGCAAAAAAGAAAAAAUCAUUUGUCUCAAUUGUAGAACCAACAGCUUUACAGCCUAUAUAA